AACCGCCUGGAUUCCUCUUAGCAGUCAUGUUUACUGCUUUGACGCCAGUGUAAAAGUGACGAUGUGAGUCAGUCGAAGUUCAUCUUUAUAAAGAGAGUUCUGGUCAAGUUCAAGUUCAUUCAUUGUUAGCGCAGGCAGUAGCGAUAGCAAAUGCACCUUUCUCUGACAAUGGAAUUAGGGAAAUUGCCUCAAGAUGUGGUCAUCGCAAUAGGCACAAUGCCAGCCGCCUUCUCAUGCUACUUCAAGAGUCUCAUCCCCAACCUGGGAGUACUGCUUCUGCUUUUCAUUUCCAGGGUGGAUCCGUGGCCGCACAGGGGUCAUGACAUCCAGCUCCAGAUAGAGGCUGUUAAGCAGAGCAUCCUGGCAAGGUUGGGCUUGGAGAUGCCUCCAACCAUCCAGGGCCGCAUGGAUGGAGAGGAGAUCCAGAGGACACAAUUGCACUACCAGGAAUUGCUUGCACAGCUCCAAGCAAAUCAAACGAAGCUGCCACCAUCCAGCACUGUCCAUGUUUUGAGGCCUGAAUUUAUGCACACGAAUGAGUCCACAUCUGGAAAUCUUCAGGCUGUCACACACAUGCAUCUGGAAUUCUCCAGGACAGCAGCCCUUCGUCAGAACCUCAACAUUCUCCGGGCUGAAUUGACUCUCUUCAAAGAAUGGCUAGAUUCUCCGGGCAACGCUCUGUCCAACAUAACAUGGCCAGUACAUGUGAAUCUCUACCGACUGUCCAAAAGGGAGAAAGUAACCCACAAGCUGUUGACUUCCCAAAAGAUUUCAAGAACUUCACCAAGCCUCAGUCUGAAGGGUGUUGUAGAACAAUGGGUAGGAAGCUCGGAGCCCAAGCUGAAUCUGGGCCUGGAGUUUAAGUCAGACAAGGCUGUGUGGCUGGCUGCUAGCAUCACAGAAGGGACAGGGGUGCUGUCCCUGACGAUAGAGGCUGAAACUCGAAAGGCAGUGAGGAAGGCAAGGCAGCUUGAUGAGGAAGAAUGCAGAAAGGGUGAUGGGAAGUGCUGCUUGAGGUCCCUUAAGGUCUCCUUCGAGGCCAUUGGGUGGUCGGACUGGGUGGUGGCCCCUCGAAGCUACUCUAUGAAGUUUUGCGAGGGUUCCUGCCCACACAACUACAAACCAGCCAGCAUGCAUGCCCAGAUCAAGGCCAGGUUGCAUAGCCUUUCUGGGGAGACUCCAGCACCAUGUUGUGUUCCUGCCGCUUAUGAGCCAAUGGUGCUUAUGCAUUACGGCAAUGACGGGAAAGUGGCCACCCAACUCUUUGAUGACAUGAUUGUUACACGGUGUCACUGUGCGUGAAAUUGGGGAGGAAGAUUCUGGGAGAAGAGGCAUCCAGUUUGCUUAAAUCAAGGAGUGCAAAAAAUAAUGAACCUUUUUUUUUUAAAUGAACUCAUAUCGAGUUGAGCUCUUUUCGGUGUGAAAGGGGACAGAAGAAUUAAGUGUCUUAUGCACCUCCCCUCUGUGUACGUCUUUCGUUCUUAUACAGCAAUUACUCAAAGGCCAAAUCAGCUGCUCCUUUAGCACCAUUUUUAUGAAAACUGGGUCAUCUUCUUCCCAGCAAAUCAUCUCAGUCUAUCAGGGAUCACCCUGCAAGGCCAAUCAGAGAUCACAUGACGAUAUUCCAGUCAUCAUUUAUCAGUGAAUGAUAGAAAUGGAAAUUGCAUCUUCUGAAUCUGGAGAAAAGAUCUGGAGGAAUUUUUUUUUUGUCAGAAUGACUGUGCAAAUACAGGGAGCUGCUGUGAAGAAGUCCAGAGCCCAAGCUCAGAAUUAUGAUUUAAAAUUCCCCACUGGAUUUAUGUUUAUGCUCUUUUUUCUAGUCACAUCUUUUUUGUUCUGUAAUACAGAUUUCCUCCACCAUAUGCCAUAACAAAAAAAAUGCUUCUUUCUGUUUCUUUUUUUAUCACAAAUAGGUCACGUAUUUUGUAGGAGGGGAUACAGAUAAUUUCAGGUCUCCUUCUGGAUUUGUAAGGAAUACGCACUUUACAAGCCAAAAUAUUAAGCAAUAACGUUCAUAAUGAAUAAAUCUGAGGGCUUUUUUUGAUGUGCUUUGGAGAGAGAGGAAGUUGAUUGUCACUCUGCUCUCCAAGCGCCCAUGAGGAAACUCAGCUUGUUUCAUUGCUCAGAUAUUUUUAUCCUGUUGUCUUAUUUAUUUUAACUUAUAUCAAUAUGAUUUUGUUGUUAGUUUGUAUUAUUUAUAAGAGAAGAUUUAUUUGGAGCGGGAAGAUAAUUAACCAGACAAUAAAAUUAGUA